UCUGAUCCAACUGAUUUCAAUCUUGGUUAAUUGUAUUAAAUAAAUAAAACUAAUGGAAAACACUCCUAAAGUGCACAGGAGACUGUCGACUACGCUUAGCAAUCGUCUGCAUCAGAAACGCCAUAGUUCCUCACCACAAAGUCACAGAGGCGCAAGCGUAGCCGAUUCCCCUGCACCACCAGUGUCGCCCACAGCGGAAUUAAAUAACUGUGCCAACAAUGUUGAGUGCACGCCGCCAAAUAAGAAGACGCUAAGUAUGGAUGAUAGCGUGGAUUUUUCGCCGCGGCUGGACAUAAGCCUUUCUCCGAGCUGUAUGUUCUCACAAACCCUGGCCACCGAGAGUCCCGAAGUGGGUUGGCGUUGGAAUCGGAAUAGUAACAGCGCAAAUCGGAGGAAUAAUAGAGUUAAUACAACCGCCGACAGUGGCUUCAAUUCGGCGGAGACAGCAGAAAGAAAUUUUAGAGAGCGUUGUAAGCAGAAAACUGAAAAUGAUAAUGGUUAUGUGGCCCGACGCAAUCAGCAGGACAACGAACAGUGGCGUGCACAGCAAAUACGCGCUCGUGAAUUGCUCAAGGAGCGCUGCAAUAAGUUGCAUAAACAACUGGAGCAGGUCGCCAGCUCAUCGAAAUUAUCAGUCAGUGCAAAUGCAAUCAUUGCAGCUCCAAUAACUGCUUCAGCAUCAGCACCAAUGCCUAAUACAUCUACCGCUGGCAAGCGUUCGGCUAUUGCCGCCAAGCUGUCCAUGCCAUCGUCCAUAUCCCCCCCAGCGGCAACCUUAUGUCACGAUUCUGCACUAAACGACUUUCUUAAUGACUCGGACACGGAUUGCUUGUUGUUAGAGGCGACACAGCAAGUAGAGACAAAGUUUGAGCUCAGCCAGCAGAUUCAAAAACCAACAAUCAGAACCACACCCACCAGCCACAAGAAGGAGCAGCGUCCUUCGUUCUACAUGAAGUUCCUAGAGGAUGAAGUCGAAACUGAAGAUUGGCUGGCGGGCCUGGACGAGGCGGUGCUGCUUGCUACUCAAGCCAAAAAGCCGCGCACUUCACUGCAGCGCUAUAAAUCCAUGCCAUCGACAGAUACACCGGGGGAAACAAAGACAAGUAUUGUAAACAAUGCAAUGGCCAAAGGUACCCGCAGCUGCAACACUGGCGCCAAUAGCACCACGAACACCUUUAAUCAGGUCCACUCACCCCGCAUGAGACGCCAUGCCAGCUCCAAUGUGCUCAGUCCUGUUACAUCGCAUGUGCGCAGCAGACUUCUUGGCAGCCGGAAGUGAAUUUAUAUUUUAUUACUUCUGUAUCUUUAUUACCCUCACUACCUUCCAUUUUCCUUUCAAGAUAAAAGCAGUGAUCGACCAACUUCCUACUUUACCAAAAAUGCGAUGCGCAAAAAGUUCUUAAAUUGUCAUUCACUUUUUGUUUGUUUUUGAAAACUGACCCAUUCAUACAGUUAUACGAAUACUUUAAGUUGAACAUACCAUUAGCCUAAUUUGUAAAAUUUAAAUUUAAAACGAGUAUAAUUAAAAAUUAA